AUGUCUGAACAGCCCUUCGCUUCCUACUUUGCUGCGCCUCUCUCCUUCCCGUCUCAGAAGGACGACGGCCUAGCCGCCUUUAGCCUCGACGACAUCGACUACUCCAAACAGUCCCUCGACUUUCUCCACUUCGGAACCGGCACCAACGGUAUCCUUGCCCCCCACCCGGACCAGUUCGAAUCUGAACUCGACUCGUCCCUCGCUGCAUUCGACGCCGAGCUCAGUCUCCUCCCUAUCGAGACUGGCACCAGCGACAUCUUCAAUUUCCUGAGGUCUGAUACCCCUACUUGCGGCCCCCCCUCUUCCUUCACCGUCUCUUCAGAGUCGGUGUCAGGUUAUGACUCUGGUUACGCCGACUCUCUUUCUGCCUAUUCCGAGAGUUUCUACAAUCUCCAGGCGCAGUCCCCCACUCCAAACUACCCCGCAAGCAACUACUCCUACACCCAGGAACUCGAUAUGGACUUCAAGCGCUUGGGCCUUCCCACCGCUGCGGAGGAUCACAAAGCAUACCCGACCAUGCCCUCCUCUCCAUCGAUACGCAGCUCCCCCGGGAACAUCCCCAACAUCGCGCAUUACUCUCCGCAGACCUCUUUCUCGUCGCCCCGCGGUAGCUUUUCCGACUAUGAACCUGCGCAGCCGCAGCAGGUCCGCCUCAGCAGUUCCGCAGCGUCGGACUACUAUCCACAAGCUCAGGUCGCCCAGGUCUCCAAGGCCUUUAACUACUCCGUCGGCACCAUGGGCCAAUCUACUGUCGCCCCGGCCAACGUUUCGUCGCAGGUUCCGGCGGUCCCCUCGGUUCCCGGCAUCACCAGUAACCACCCUCAGGCCGCUGUUGCGAGAAGGAUUCCUGAGGAGAUGCAGCUUGAUCCUAAGAAGAAGUACCAAUGCCCGUCGUGCCCCCGAGCCUUUGCUCGUGCCUACAACCUCAAGACGCACAUUCAGACCCACGACCCGAAUCGCUCCAAACCGUAUGCGUGCCACCACAAGAACUGUGGUCGGUCGUUCAGUCGCAAGCAUGAUCUGACUCGUCAUCUUGUGUCUAUUCACCGUACGGACUCGGUGUCAGCGACCUCGUCGGGCUCCGCCAGGUCCAUUGGCGUUGACAAGGGCCCCAGGGGCUGGUGUGACUCCUGCGGCAAGGGUUGGGUUGGUAAGGAGGAGGGGUGCGACUGCGACGACGUGAAGUAG